AUGCAGAGAGCACAAGCAUUUUUAUCCAGUUGGGCAGUUUCUAACGCUAAUCAGCGCCAGCAGGAAGCGAAUGAGGCAGGCCCGAAUGAAAAUGCAGUGAAUGACCAAAGAGCUGAUCGUGUUGAACCACAAGUUGCUCAGCAAGUUAUUGUGUUUGAUAAUGCAAUGAGAAAUAAUGCUCGACAAGAUGAAGAGGCUGAAGGAGUGGAAAACAUGGAUAUUAUCGAUCGUUUUUAUAUGCUCUUCCGUCUAUGUCUUUUUGUGGGGCUCUGUUUUGCAUAUUCAUCGUUAGACAAGGCAGUCAUUGUGUUCUCAGUGGCCGCUUACGUAUACAUAUAUAAUGUUUAUCGAAGAUAUGCAGUUGCGGAGCGUCUUAUGCAAGCGCGUCGAUCACAACAAAACCAACAGAUUGACCAAGGCAGUUCUAAUAAUCCAGUCAACGAAUCGGAUAGUCAGCAGAACCAAUCAGUUAGUGAGCCCAGCUCCUCAGAGGUACAAACGCGUGCUAACAUGCCUAAUGAACAAGAACCAAGACUUACGAGAAUAACUGCACACUUGCGGACAGCGGCAGGCAUAUCUUAUCAGUUUUUUUCAGCGUUAAUUUCUUCAAUUAUUCCUGAACAGCCACCACCCCUUCACUUGGACUGA